AUGGCUGCCGUCGCCCGGUCCUCUUCCUCGUCCUCUUCCUCGCCCGGCAUAAUCCUCGUCCUCCCCUCCUUCGCCUCCGGGCCGUCCAGCGGCCGGCGGGCCCGGCAGCAGUGCCCCGGCCGCGAGGGGCCCGUGGGGGCGGCGGCCCCACUGGGGGAGCCCGGCGGCGUGGCAGGGACGGCGGGCCGAAGCCCACCAGGAAGCCGUCCCCGCACGGGCGGGGGGAGCUCGCCGUCGGCGGAGUGCGCGUGGUGUGGGAGGAGGAAAAGGGCAUGUCUGAUCAGGCGGCAGCCUCUGCUGCGUGUAGGAUCGGCCGUGAUGAUGGCCUCCAAGUAG